CUUCAGUUAUACCAACAUACAAUUUGAGAAUUUCAUAUUUAAAAAAAUAUAAACUUUUAUAAAUUUAAUAUAUUGACAACAGAUCAGAAGCCGGUAUUAUUUUAAAAAUGAUUGAAAAAUAAUUCUAAAUUUUUAUUACAUCAAUACCUAAUAUCUUGUGCUAUUUACAAAAACAGUGUACACACGAUAAAUCAGUAAUUCUAUUCCAGAAAAGCAUUACGUAAAAUGUGUUCGAGGGGGAUUCUGUCUAUUAGAAGAUUUACAACAGAUGCAAAGAGCAUACAUUUUUUUACUACACCUAUUUAUUAUGUUAAUGCAAGUCCCCACAUAGGCCACCUCUAUAGUUCCUUAAUAGCGGAUGCUGCUCAAAGAUGGCAGCAAAUAUAUCGAAAGGGACGUUUAAUAAAAUUUUCAACAGGUACAGACGAACACGGUUCGAAAAUUCAACAAGCUGCUAAUAAAAACGGCACUUCUGCUAAGGUUUACUGCGAUAAAAUUUCAUCCCAAUUUGAAAAAUUGGUUUCGGAGUUCGAUAUCGGCUGCACCAAUUAUAUAAGAACAAGCGGGGAUAACCAUAAAAAUACAGUGGGGAAAUUUUGGAAAAGCCUUGACGAAAAUCAAUAUAUUUAUAAAUCAAAAUAUGAGGGAUGGUACUGCGUCUCAGACGAAACAUUUUUAACCGAAUCUCAAUUAAACGAAAUUACAAAACACGAUGGUACCAAAGUUUUGCUGUCAUCUGAAAGCAACCAUCCAGUGGAAUGGAGUAGUGAAGAAAACUAUAUGUUCAAGUUAAGUCAAUUCCAGGAUGAUCUUAAUUAUUGGCUUAAAACGAAUGAGCAUGCAGUAAGACCAAAAAAGUUCCAUAAAAUUCUUUUGGACCUAUUAAAUAAAGAAGAUGGUCUCCAAGAUCUUUCUAUUUCAAGACCAACGUCUAGGGUCGAAUGGGGCAUACCAGUACCUGGUGAUGCUUCUCAAACAGUGUAUGUUUGGUUGGAUGCUCUGACUAACUACUUGACUGUAGCUGGAUACGGAGAGGACGAAGUCACGUUUAGGAAGUGUUGGCCUCCUGAUGUUCAAGUGAUUGGUAAAGAUAUUUUAAAAUUUCAUGGUAUUUACUGGCCUGCAUUUCUUCUAGCAGCAAAGUUAGACCUACCUAAAACAAUACUUUGCCAUUCUCAUUGGACUGUGGAUGGAGAAAAGAUGUCGAAAUCUAAAGGAAAUGUAGUUUGUCCAUUCCAAAGUGCAAAAACUUAUUCAAGUGACGGUAUGCGUUACUUUUUACUUCGAGAAGGAGUAGCUCAUAGUGAUGGAAAUUACAGCGAUACAAAGGUUUUAAGGAUCCUUAAUUCAGAAUUAGCUGACACUCUUGGAAAUUUGUUAAGUAGGUGUACAGGAACAGCAUUGAAUCCUCAUCAGAGGUUUCCAAAAAUGGAACAAGCCGCCUUAGAAAAAGUAAAACAGUUAGAUGUCACUAAAAAGUUGAUUGAUAGUGUACACAAUCUUCCAGACGUUUGUCAAGUUCAUUACGAAAACUUCAAUUACUAUAAAGCUAUAGAUUCUAUCAUUGCGACACUUCAUACCGCAAAUCUUUUCUUUGAAACGCUUAAACCAUGGGAGCUCAAGAAAAACCAGGAAGCUCAAGAGACACUAAAUGUGGUUAUUCAUCUAGCUUUGGAAACUUUAAGGGUUUCUGGUAUUCUUCUACAACCUAUAGUUCCUAAUUUAUCUAAAGUCUUGUUAGACAAGAUCUGUGCGAAGGAAAAUGAAAGAUAUUUUGAUAAUCUUAAAUGCUUUUCUUGGGACAACAAAGAAUUUGAAGAUAAAGUGCUAGAUUCAGAAAAAGUAGUUUUGUUCAAAAGAAUAAUCACUGAUGAGGACAAAAAAGUAAAAGGGAAGAGAAAAAGUUAACAACAUUUUUAUAUUAUGUUUUUCAAGCAAAUUUGUAGAUGUUUAUAAUAGGUUUUUUAUUUUUUAUGUUCGUUUAUAAAAUGAAAUACAUGUUUUAAUAGUAAGA